CAACAACAAAUGAAGAAACAUCUACUGUACCUCCAGCAUAUACUUCUCCUUCAGGAGGAAGCCAAUGUGGCGGGAUCCUCACAUUUCCCAAUGGAUAUAUCUCUGGACCUUAUUAUCUUGGGAACAAUAUCACUCUUCAGUGUGUCUGGAAAAUUGAAGUGAGUCCCCUGGAUCACAUAGUUCUUCGGAUUUCUUACAUUAGUCUCGACUGCAGUAAAGAAUAUAUUGAGAUUUUUGAUGGAAGCCUGGUUUCCCCAUACCUGCUUGGAAGAAUGUGCUCUGACAUCUAUCUUGGUUAUAAUUAUACAUCAACUUCUAAUACAAUGACAAUUCUGCUGCACAGAGAUUCAAAUUACAUCGGAUAUGGUUUUGAUGCUUAUUACUCUUCUAUACAAGAACCCACUACUAGUGCACCACCUCAGAGUGAAACAACUGUUCCUCCUGCAAAUUCAACAUCAAGCCCUUUAAACACACUCUCAUGUUCGGGAGAGUACAUGGUUGCACGCAUCAGCAGAGCCUAUGUCCGGUCGCUAGGUUAUAAGGAAUGGGAUCUGUAUCUGAAUUCUUCAGAUCCAGAAUGUGCACCUCAGCUUUUAGAAGACUAUGUUAUCUUCAAUAUACCAUUCAGUGGCUGUGGCACAGUAAGACAGCAAACAAAUAAUAACACAAUAACAUACUCAAACAUCAUCAGGACACUUGUCUCAGGUUAUAUCAUUACAAGGAAGAGAAACUUUCAGUUACAUGUCAUGUGUGAAAUGAAUGAAAAUACAGUCGUGGAGACAGCGUUUCUUGCCCAAGAUGCAGUUGACAUUGUUGAGAGACAAUAUGGCCAUUACAACGUGACUCUUGCAUUCUAUCAAUCACCGUCUUUCAUCUAUCAAGUCUAUGGGUCUCCAUAUUUUGUUUCACUUAAUCAGAAUUUAUACGUCCAAGCUACUCUCCACAGUUCGGACUCAAAUCUGGUACUAUUCGUAGACACAUGCGUAUCAUCUCCAUAUGCUGAUAGCUUCACAGAUUUGACCUAUGACUUAAUCACAGACGGAUGUACACAGGACUCUACCUACAGAAGUCUGUAUUCACCAAGGAAUAAUGAAGCUCGCUUCCAGUUCAGCUCUUUUAAGUUUCUUAAUCAAUACAAUGAAGUUUAUCUGCAGUGCAAGCUGGAAGUGUGCCGGGCAGAUGACUUCUCCUCCCGAUGCUACCAGGGAUGUUUAACUAGAAGAAAGAGGGAUGUGGAUGAACCUCAGGAGAAGGUGGAGGUUGUUGUUGGACCAAUCAAGCUCCAGGAAGAGGACAAGGAAAAAAGAAAACAGGGUAACUUGGCUUUAUAGUGCCAUAUCUUGUUAUUAUUCCUCAAAGUAAUG